AUGGACGCCCCGUAUGGCAAUGCCUGUGCCCACUGCGUCCGGUCAAAAACGAAGUGUGUCCGUUUGAGCGGCGGUAGCAGCUGCCACAGAUGCCACCGCCUCGGCAAGAAUUGUGAGCCUGCUCCUCACACUCGCAAACGCGGCAGUAGGAGAAAGAGGCCAUCUGAUAAUCGGCGACAGCUAGAAGAGAACGUAGAUGAUGUUGCCAGGCUCCGCCGCGGAAUGACACAUUCUCCGUGCGAACCUGGUAUUGCUCAAGACGGCAUACCGCGGGCCACAACGCCUUCACUGAGGCAGGAACGUUUGUCACCCCAGUUCCUGCCGAACCACUAUGCGAGUGUCUGGGUCCCUUCAUCUAGCAAUGGUCAUCGAAUACCCGAAGUGCCGUGCGACCUCCCCGUCCGGUUAACCGCACCAAACUCUCAGAAUUCCUCCAGUUUUACUGCAACAGACCAUAGUGGGAAAUCUCUUUCCGCUUCAGAAACGGGUGAGCACGCCGCAUCCGUUUUCUGCGAUUUCCAGACCCACCAUCUCUCCUAUUACCCUUGCAUCUACAUCUCUCCGCAUACUACAGUAGAACAAUUCCAACAGGAUAAGCCCUUCACUUGGUUAAACAUGCGAGCUGUUCUUGAGACAUCUCUUUCCAAACAAGAUGAGCUUGGACAAGAGAUACGAGAGACAAUUGCGAAGCGUAUUGUCAUGGAAGGAGAGAGAAGCGUAGAUUUGCUUCUUGGACUUCUGAUCCACAUAUCCUGGUAUGGUAGCACACGCAUGAAACACCACUUUUCCCGAAGUGGUCGUCCAUAUAUGGGCGUUCUGGCCAACAUCGCAAAGGCUUUGGUUUCCGAACUGGGACUAGACGGUCCCGCCAGUAAUACACUUCCGCCAUUGUUCAUUGCCUCAAAUGAGACUAUUGCGAACCACUGUGCAAUCACAAGGACUUUCACACCAGAGGAAAGGCGUAUCCUUCUGGCCUCCUUCAUAAUGAGCGUGAAUGUAUCAGUAAUGCCAAUGCCUGAUUAUGAUUUUAUGCGCUGGAGUUCUGAAAUGGAGAGAUCCGCUCAACACCUCGCUCAGGAACCCGAAUGUCCAGGCGAUACGGUCCUUGUGAUAUUGGCUCGACUGUCCCGCAUUUCACGAGAAGCUCUAAAGGUGAUGCACAGAGCCGGUGAGAGUACGGACUCCGUGCUGGCGCAGAUAAAGCCUUUAAAAGAUGCCCUUGAAAGAACUCGGGGCUCAAUAACAGCCGAUCUGCUUUCUAACACAACAUCACUCGACAACCCUUUUGAAUUCCGUCGUCCACAAUACCUGCUCGCCUGUCUUGACGCAGCCAAGCGCGCCAGUGAAAAUUAUCUAUCUUUUGGCAUGCCGCAAUACACAGGCGGUACCAUGCAUGUCAUUAUACACUUUAUGCAUGCCAUUCAAGUCCUUUGCCGCCUUUCGCAUCUGGACGAGCCAUGGUGGGAUCGCGCUGCGGCGGAACAAUCGGCAGCUGUUGUGUCGUACCUGAAUCGAGCUACAACACGACUACAAGAAGCGCAUGCACACGUGGCCGCAAAGAGUGGGGUCAAACAUAGUAUAUGGUUGAAGGGUGCAGACAAGUUACGACAAGCUUUCCCAAAAUGGUCUGAAGGACUGGCCUCGAGCGACGCGCCAGUGGCCAACGAGGAAAUGAGUUUCGCACCUAUCGACUUCAAUAUGCUGGAUGACUCCUGGUUCACAGACAUUUUUCUGACACCCGCUUGGGCCGCCUAA